AUGCAGGCUGGAAGCGCGGAGCCUUCUUUGUGCGCAGCGAUGUUGGCGAGCGGGGUUGCAAGGGGGGAGCCUGGAGACAAAGGAUACAUCUGGGGGGUCAAGGCUGAGGGAGAACCCUCUGAAGUAUCACUGGAAAAAGCUGAGGAGCAGAUGCGGGGGCAGAAACUGAGGAGUCAAGAUGCAGCAAAGAGACAAGAGGAGAGAGAGACUCACACAGGAGACAAACCUCAUAUAUGCUUGGAGUGUGGAAAAAGCUUCAGAUGGAGUAGCGCCCUUACAGUGCAUCAAAGAAGUCACACAGGAGACAAACCUUAUAAAUGCUUCCAGUGUGGAAAGAGCUUCAGUCAGAGUAGCAACCUUACUUUGCAUCAAAGAUGUCACACAGGGGACAAACCUUAUAAAUGCUUCCAGUGUGGAAAGAGCUUCAGUCGGAGUAGCAACCUUACUUUGCAUCAAAGAAGUCACACAGGCGACAACCCUUAUAAAUGCUUGGAGUGUGGAAAGACCUUUAGUCAGAGUAACAGCCUUAUUUCGCAUCAAAGAACUCACACAGGGGACAAACCUUAUACAUGCUUGGAGUGUGGAAAAACCUUCAGUCGGAGUAGCACCCUUACUUCGCAUCAAAGAUUUCACACAGGGGACAAACCUUAUAAAUGCUUGCAGUGUGGGAAAAGCUUCAGGUGGAGUAGUGUCCUUACGGUGCAUCAAAGAACUCACACAGGGUACAAACCUUAUAAAUGCUUGGAAUGUGGAAAGAGCUUCAGUGUAAAAAGCACCCUUACUUCGCAUCAAAGAAGUCACACAGGGGACAAACCUUAUAAAUGCUUGGAGUGUGGAAAGACCUUCAGUCAGAGUAGCAACCUUACUUGGCAUCAAAGAUGUCACACAGGAGAUAAACCUUAUAAAUGCUUGGAGUGUGGAAAGACCUUCAGUCAGAGUAGCAGCCUUACUUCGCACGAAAGAACUCACACAGGAGACAAACCUUAUAAAUGUUUGGAGUGUGGAAAGAGCUUCAGUCUUAGUAGCAGCCUUACUUCGCAUCAAAGAAGUCACACAGGGGAGAAACCUUAUAAAUGCUUGGAGUGUGGAAAGAGCUUCAGUCAGAGUAGCAGCCUUAGUUCGCAUCAAAGAACUCACACAGGAGACAAACCUUAUAAAUGCUUGGAGUGUGGAAAGAGCUUCAGUCUUAGUAGCAGCCUUACUUCUCAUCAAAGAAGUCACACAGGGGACAAACCUUAUACAUGCUUGGAGUGUGGGAAAAGCUUCAGGUGGAGUAGCAACCUUACUUCGCAUCAAAGAACUCACACAGGGGACAAACCUUAUAAAUGCUUGGAGUGUGGAAAGAGCUUCAGUCAGAGUGGCCACCUUACUUUGCAUCAAAGAACUCACACAGGGAACAAACCUUAUACAUGUUUGUAGUGUUGAGAGACUUUUUGUCAGAAUGGCUACCUUCAGGCACAUCAAAGGAUCCGUUGAAGGGAAGACAUGCAUAAAUGGUUUGAAUGUGGUAAAAGGUUUAAGCAGAGUUCAACUCUUUCUGUGCAUCAAAGGAUUGUGGAAGGAAAUUUUUCCAGUCAAUUCAUUGUGUUCCGAAGAACAGAGUUUAUUGAGAGAGAGAGAUAGCAAAGACCAAUGCAUGGGGAGAGAGGUCACCAAAUACCAACUCUACCCAAAAUAUGCCAAGCAGAGUUUUAAAAGGGGAUUACACAUCAGACAUUUGUCACAUCCAAAUACAUAUAUUAAAUUCCAUACAAACUAAAAUCAUACACCUUCUGGGUGGUUCUUUACCACAUUUUGACCCUGCCUACCCAUGUGCCAGCUACGGAAAGUACCUAACAUCCCCGUGACCUGAUAUUUCUUCUCAAAACUCAAUCUUAAAGACAGUCUUCCUCUGUAAAAUUCUCUCAUUGUGACUUCUCCUUUUCCCAUCUCUUUGCUGCAUUUCAAAGCUGCUUUCACUUUUACGUUGUAAAUAUAAUUAAUAUAGGAAGAGAUAAAACAGGAGCUUUUAGAUCCUGAGCUCUGAAAAGUUAUAUUUUCUGCUCUCAGUCCCCCCGUUUGAAACUUAGUUCCAACCAGGGGUUAUAACUUAUCAGAGGUGCAGAAAUAUGCCUCAUUAGCAGGGCAGUGGCCUGACCUUUUGGCCAAUUUAUCAGUGGGUUUCUUAAACCGCUCCUCAUUCUCGACUUCGUGAACUUAGUGCUAUAUGGUUGAAUGUGGUACCCCAAAGUGUGAGGCCAUGGACAAGCUCAUGGUGUUCUUGUCUACUGCCUCAACAGCACAUUCUAAUGCAAACUGACUAUAAUUUCUUUUGAUGGGGGAGGUUUUAUUAGACUAAGGCCAAAUUAAUUAACCUCGGGCAUAUCUAUAACUUCAGAGCAAAACGCAAGUUCUUAGUAAACGUUGCAGGUUAUAUACCCUCUUCCAUUCGGAUUAUCGGGUCAUUAACCCUUACCCAAACCAAACAACAUAGACUUUACUCUUUCAGCUUCAAAGGAUUACAACAUUUCAGAGUCCAAAUCUUCUCAAUCUUGCAACCUUCCAUCUCCCAGGCUACCCCCUACUCCACAUGACUGGAAACCAGAAGGAAUGUUAGACCCUCAAGGAAAACCCCUUUCGCUGCUUUUCAAUGUUCUUGGUGAUUCAAAGAACAACAAAUUAUUGGACCUAACCCCAGAGACCGGCCAGCGAUUAGGAGCUACAACACAAGGUCUGAGCGAGUGACAUCAAUGAGAUUAAAUGGGAGACCUAUUAACAUAACCAUCAUCCAAGUCUACACUCCAAUGCCAAAUGCAGAAGAAGAAUUGGAGAAAUUUUAUGCGGAAGUACAGGAAGAAAUUGCUCACACACCAAAAGAAGAUGUGCUGAUAAUCACGGGGGAUUGGAUUGCAAAAGUAGGGAACAGAGAAAAACUAGGAAUUGAGGAAAAUGGAGCCUAGGAGACAGAAACGAAGCAGGAGAAAGACUGAUUGAAUUCUGUGAAGCCAAUAAUUUGUUUCUUACAAACACAUUUUUUGAGCAACCAAAAAGACAACUGUACACGUGGACAUCACCAGAUGGUCAAUAUAGGAAUCAAAUUGAUUAUAUCAUUGGUAGCAGAAGAUGGAGAAGUUCCAUACUUCCUGUGAAAACAAGACCAGGAGUAGACUGCAGUACAGAUAAUGAACUGGUAAUAUCGAAAAUCAGAGUAAAGAUAAAGAAGGCCAACAAAUCAAUCACAAUGCCAAAAUACAAUUUAAAUAACAUCCCAGAAGCAUAUAAAGAUCAAAUAAGGAACAGAUUUGAGGCUUUAAACUUAGUUGACAGAGAACCAGAUGAACUAUGGAAUGAAGUCAGAGAUGUUAUCAGAGAAGAAUGCAAAAAGAGAAUACCUCUAGUUAAAAAGAGAGAAAGACCCCAAUGGAUGACUGAAGAAACUCUUCAAAUGGUUAAAGAGAGAAGGAAAGCAAAAGCAAAAGGAGAUAGAAACACAGUCAGAACCCUAAAUGCAACAAUACAGCGACUAGUACGUAGGGACAAAGAGAAGUAUUACAAUACUUGCUGUAUAGAAAUAGAAGAGGACAACAAAAAGGGUAGAACAAGAGCCCUGUUCCAAAAGAUUAGAGAAAUGAAAAUGAAAUUUAAAGCAAGAGUAGAGAUGUUGAAUAAUCUACACGGAAACACACUGACUGACCGAGAUAAAAUAAAAGGAAGAUGGAAGCAAUACCCUGAAGAACUCUAUAAAAGCAAUGCCAGGAUGACAGAUUCAUUCAUGGAAGAACUGUAUGAUGAAGAACCAGAAAUUUUAGAAUGUGAGGUGAAAGCUGCUCUUAAAAUACUUGGAAGAAACAAAUCAUCAGGAAUAUAUGGCAUACCAAUAGUUGCUACAAGCUACUUAGACAAUCUGUCCAAAUGUUGACAAAAAUAUGUCAAGAAAUAUGGAAAACUAAGCAAUGGCCCACAGACUGGAAGUAUAACAUAUACAUCCCAAUUCCAAAGAAAGGGGAUCCAAGGGAAUGCAGUAAUUAUGGAACUCUUGCCUUAAUAUGCCAUGCAAGUAAAGUAAUGCUCAAGAUUAUAUGAAGCGAGAAAUGCCAGACAUUCAAGCUGGAUUUAGAAAGGGAAGAGGAACCACAAAUCAUAUCGCAAACAUAUGUUGGAUAAUGGAACAGAACAAGGAAUUUCAGAAGGAAAUCACCCUGUGCUUUAUAGAUUACAGCAAAGCCUUUGACUGUGUAGAUCAUGAAAAACUAUGGAAUGCUUUAAAGAGAUGGGGGUGCCACAGCAUCUGAUUGUCCUGAUGCACAACCUAUACUCUGGACAAGAGGCUACUGCAAGGGCAGAAUAUGGAGAAACCGAUUGGUUCCCCAUCGGAAAGGGUGUGAGACGGGGUGUACUUUAUCACCCUGUUUGUUUAAUCUGUACGCAGAACAUAUCAUACGGAAAGCAGGAUUGCACCAAGAUGAAGGAGGUGUGAAAAUUGGAGGGAGAAAUAUCAAUAAUUUAAGAUAUGCAGACAAUACCAUACUACUAGCAGAAACCAGUAAUGAUUUGAAACGAAUGCUGAUGCAAGUUAAAGAGGAAAGCACAAAAGCAGGACUACAGCUGAACAACAAAAAGACUGAAGUAAUGACAACAGAAGAUUUGAUUUGCGAUAGAUCCUCUGUCCAAAAUGUGAACAGGCUGUUCAGUAGCUCGAGCUGAAGAUUAAGAAGAUUCACUACCGUAUCUGGGGCGGGAUCUUCUUUAUCGUGAGCUUCUUUAUAAGGUGAACAUUGGGGACAGAAUGAGGUAUACAGUUUUGGCUGUAACGAAGCGGGAGUGGUCUUUUCGUUUGAUUCCAUAAUCCCCUCAGACCCAGACUGGGACUUAGUCAGGAAGCCCCCAUGCGGGCCGCCUGUUUCCGCUGUAUAAUUUGCCCAUUCCAAUUCCACCACCCAGGAGCACUCUACUUCCCUCUCCGUCCUCUCGUUCAAUGGCUUCAUUAGCUGGAGUGGACCCAAGGACCAAUCUAGGCAAUCAUCUUUCUCGUUGUCAACCAUCAUGUGCGGGGGGCCAGUGGAGGGCAAGGCGUUUAACGUUGGACUGUAAAAGUCUGUGAUUUUAGGUUGAAUAUACAGUUUGUUGCCCAGGUGGGAAAGUUCCAAGAGGGGGACCAAACCACAUUGUCUGUAUCCCUCCCUGGUAAGAACCAUCUCUCCUGUUAUUCAGGGAUCCACAGGGGAAGCUGCUUGAAGGCCGGGCGAAUAAAUAAUUAAAAUUUGGUCCUGCUGCUUUAAGACUGCUGGGCGGGACUAGUCAAUGUCAGUGUCCAUCUAUGUAAAUGUAAGUCAGCUCCCGGCAAACUUAGCGAUGAUACGGCUACUUUGACUGUAAGCAUUAAAAGUACUGAAGCUUUAAUAAACUAAAAAUCCAGCGUUGGAAAAAGGAAAAGGGAGCUUACAAAAGGAAUGAAAAGAGCAGGGAUUGCCUGGGCAAUGAAAGAGCUCCUCUGAGUUGUCGAGGUUUGCUUGUUUGUAAUCCACCAGUCCCACAUGACUCCAUGGGAUGCAUGCAAUAAGACACAAAACUUCCACAUAAGCCACAUUCCAUGCAAUAAUACAUCUUUCUGAACAGAGCCCAGAACAACAUCUGAACCAGCCAAGUCAAUCAAAUGCACCAGUCAUGCAUAACUGCAUGAGUCAAUGCUCUGGGCCACAAGCUUUCAGAGCAAAGGUUUGUGCUAUGCGCUCCAAUUGUUUUCAGUGGUAUAUAGCCAAAUAUAACUUCAGUUAAUUUAACAACAGAGACAAAUUUCAUUUGAUGAUGUCAAAUUUAAAUUUUUACUGCUGAAAGUUAAGGGCACACUUCUGUAUUUUUGUGAAUACUUUGAUUCUCUUAUGUUACUGUAAUAGAUAUUAAAGAUGACCUUUCAUUCCAACGAGCGGUAGUGUUUAUUUAUAAAUUAUACAGUCAUCUACACAAAUCCUGAAUGAAAUGUUAAUAGUAUAUGUUGAGGCUUAUUUUUAACACCUGCCAAGGCAGUGUAAUGCUCACCUCAAUACCCAGGUAUAAGUGCGAGCUGAGGAGAGCCUGAGUGACUCUUGGGCUUUCGGCCAGGUACCACGUGAAGACAAACACACAACUUCUUGAUCAAAAAGUGGCCUCAAUCUCUACACAGGCACAGCAGCCUGGCAAGAAUGAAGACCCCUUUUAUUAUUUACCGUGCCAAUAUAUAGGUUUCAGGAAUAAAGUAGCAAUAAACAAAAUGUAACAUAACAUCAGUGACAACAUCAGAGACAUCAGAGACGAGUAACAGGCCCCUGCUACAUAUCCAAACGUCAGGACGUUCCUCCCUUGAAUCUCUGGGGCCCUGAGCAAUACAUUGUGAGAUAAGGGUAGGGAUGAGGUGAGUAAUUGACACUUCUGGGAGUCAUAAACAUGGGAACAUAUACACAAGAAAAUACAUAUGGCCCUAAGAAGUCUGCUUAUCGAUAAAACUACGAGAUUCUAUUACUAAACGUCUGAGGGAGUACCCAGAAGGAAUUUAGAGAGAAAUACAAAGCCUUAAUUAUACAAAGAAGAUACAUGAUACAUGUGCGUAAAGACACAUAGAGUACUGCAAGAAUAAAACAGUCAAGGAAGGCUGAGUUUAUUAUCUUCUCAAAACAUUAUUGCGACUUGCAGGCACCUCCGAGACCAAAUUCCCAGGAAGAGAAAUGAAACUUAGAGUGUCUGUCUUCCACCUCCCUCCUGUGUUCCAUCGUGCUUUGCAACUUUGGUCCGUUUGUGUAUUUCAU